ACCAGACAUCGCCCUCACGAAAACUCCCAGCCCUCUAUGUGUUGGACAGCAUCGUAAAGAAUGUGGGAACGCCGUAUAGUUUCUACUUGGGAAGAAAUCUAUUUCGCACGUUCAUGGACGCAUAUGUCCUGGUCGAUUCCGCCACCAGAAGGAAUAUGGAGGGCAUGUUGAAGACGUGGAAGGAGCCUGUGCCUGGAUCAAUUGAUUCUCGCCCUGUUUUCCCUCCCGAGAAUGUACGGCCCAUCGACAACGCGUUGAUAAAAGCGAAGACGGCUGCGAUCCAGAAUCAGCGCCAAGCACAGCCGUCUCAGGUCGCAUACAGGGGCAUUGCAACGCCGCCCCAGCACAAUGGGCAGUUCGCACCUCCGCAGAAUCAGCCACACCAGCAAUUAUACGGAGGCCUCCAUAAUCAGCAAGUACCGCAGCAGCACACAUAUGCCGCCAUGGGCAACCAACCAUCCUCAGAACUAGAGAUUCUUAAACGAGACAUAUCCCUUCUCAUAUCACGCGAUAGGCAUAUGGUCUCUUUGAAUCCUGCUGAUAUCGGUCUACAAACGCGCUUGCAAGCAUUGUCUGAUCUGAGGAAUCUUCUCGAUAUGCGGAGCUUCGUUCCGAAUGAAUUGCAGGCCAUAAGAGCGCAAGUCCAACAAAUAGCACCAUCCGCACCAGGACCACCUCAAUCGUCGACACCACAACCGCCACCGCAAUGGGCGCAAAGUAGCUCAGCUCCUCAACCUUACCAGGCCCCUCAACCCACCUUCCCAACAGCCAUCUCACAGCCCAACAUACCGGCACCGCCUGUCCUCAAUCCGGCGGCGUUGAGCGGGCUACAGGCAUUGUUGGCCAAUGUGCCGAAGCCUAGCACACCUCAGCUGCGUGCUGCUUUGCCUGAAAUGCGUAGCGCGAGUCAUUCCCAGCUUGAUGCGAUUCAGCACCAUACAGCUGUCGCACCGGCCGCUAGUGGUGCAGCUGACCUGCUUUCCUCGCUAGCCAAAGCAGGACUUAUCAAGCCCACAAUAAACGUAACAAAGCCUAGCAGCAAUACCGUGCCAAAUCUGUCCCAAGGUCAGACAGCUAUGUUGCUGAAGUCUUUGCAAGGCGUACUCCCGCCUUCAGGGCAAGGUAUACUUCCUGUGGCAAUGCCCGCCCAGCGCAUAGCAGCAAAAGUGCAUGUGCCUGUCUCUGCAGCCUCUCUGAAGAUUUAUCGACCGGAGAUUAUUUCGUCACUCUACGAUGCGCAGCCAAACCAAUGCAGUACCUGCGGUCGGAGAUUCGAGAUGACGGGCGUGGGCAGGGAAGAGAAGAGCCGACAUCUCGAUUGGCACUUCCGAACAAAUCAGCGCAUGGCGGAUCCCAAUUUGAACCGAGGGCAUCAUCGAAAUUGGUACGUCGAUGAGCUCGAAUGGGUUCGACACGUUGAAUUCGAUCCAUCCACAGCUGCGACCGGAGCUGGCGAGGUCGACGCUGCGACCAAGCCGAAUAAGCAGGCAGCCGAGCAGUUCGUCCGGGCGCCUCCAGGUAUGACCAAAAACACAUGCAACAUUUGUUUCGAAGAGAUGAAGAGCAGCUACUCCGAAGAUCAACAAGAUUGGAUCUUCGCGGAUGCUACCCUUAGCAACGGCAAGAUUGUUCACGCGCAAUGUCACGCCGAAAUGAGCAAAUCGCUCCCUUCUACAGGCGGAGGCGCGCUGAGCGGUAUCUUCUCCAACAACAAUGCCGGCGCCCGGGAGCGGAGUGCGACUCCGGACUCGACGCUCGGUAAGAGGAAAGCGGAGAGCGCGAUGGUCGGGAAUGGUGCACGCUUGAAACUGUCACAGUAGCUACACUAGUCCAAUUGUCGUUCAAAUACCAUUUCUCUAUUGAUCGCGAUGUGGCCCGAAACGUGGGAUGUGUUACAUGUCCCCACAGGACAGAUAUUUUGCCGCCAAGUCGACAGAUUUACCUCCAUCAAAUGGUUCUCCAACACAAGUGGCCACCGUCGACCAGGUUUUGAUGAACAAUCACGUGGAUGUUGGGCUUACACGUAGAGCAAUCUGUCGAGGGGGUUUUCACGAUGCCAAGGCGUGCGCUGUGAGAUGCAGGGUUGGGAUG